ACUCUGUCUAAAUUAAAAUCAAAUAAAAUAAUUUUAAUUUGGCUAAAGUUUUUCUUUUAACAUAUGGAAACUGGACACUUCUUCCCACAUACCUUGCCCUAUGCAUCUCUUGCAUCUGGCUGUUCGUCUGCAUCCUUUGUAAUAUCCUUUAUAAUCAACUAGUAAAUGUGUUUCUGUGAGUUCUGUGAACCCCUUUAGCACAUUAAUCAAAUUGGAGGAGCGGGUGGUGGGAACCCCGAUUUAUAGCCAGUUGAUCUGAAGUAUAGGUGACAACCUACUAUGUGUGACUGGCCUCAGAAGUAGAGACAGUCUUGUGAGACUGAGCCCUCAACCUGUGGGAUCUGACACUAUCUCUAAGUAGAUAGUGUCAGAAUUGAAUUGAAUUAGAGGACAGCCAGCCGGUGUCUACUGCAGAAUUGAUCUGCUGCAGAAUUGAUUGCUUACUUACUGGUGAGGAGAAAUCCCCACAUGUUUUAGUGACCAGGGACUGCAGGAAUAUUCUGUGUUAAUUAUUGGGUGAGAGUACAGAAGGAGAAAAUAUAGAGUUUUUCCAAUAUCCUUAUACUGUCUCCAAGAUGUAUUAUAAUUCAUAAUUGUAUCAACUAUUUUUUUGACCUAUGAUUUUCUACUAACUCAACUGUAGGACCUGUUUUAUAAUUUACAGGAUUCUUCUGUGUAUGCUGUGCUAAUGAAUUUUUGUAAUCCCUCUCUUCCCUCCCCAUUUGCAUCUGUAGGGCACUUUAUUUUAAAUGCUGGAUUCUUUGCUCUAGAAAGUGGGAACUGGUGGGGAGGGGGGCCAUGGAUCUUUUGCUGUUAAAAUAGGUUAAAGUCAAAGGGUCUUCAUGGGCACAGCUGUAAACCAGUGGUAGUUGUCCAUAUUGGUAGUGUAUCCUUGUCUCAUUGCCUUGAAAUUAAGAGUUAAAGCAGGACUAAGCUUUUUUGUUACUUAGUUUUGAAAAAAUAACCUUUUUUGUUCAUUGUAAUAACUUUUCUUUCACCACCUCAGAGUUUCUCAGUGGACAUAGUUCAUCUUCCUUUACACCUUUUGCUUCUCUCAGGCCAGUGAGACAUUGUCUCAUUUUGAACACCAUGCUAGUAAUUAUCACCCACCCAUAUGGACAAUUGACUAGCCCAGGGGAGUGUUUUGUUUUGUUUUUUUCUCUAAGACCAUCUUCUCUAUUGAGUGCUCUGUAGGGAGAAAUUACAGAACCGACUCAUUAGGCCUGGCUUGAGGAACUAGCCUGUGAGGUUAGCUACUAUUUAUAUUGUGUUUUUAUUUUCUUAUCAAUAAUGUUUGGGUCCAUCACAAAUUGGUAUGACAGGCUCGGGCGGACCCACAUUUUGAUUCACAUUCUCUGCUGCAGUAAAUCGGUAUUAGCACAGAGGUGUGGGCUAGGGCAGUAGCUCCUUAGCUGGGUGUUCUAAAGGAUAUAAAGGUUCCAAAAAUACCUGGAGGCUGGUAUAAAUGGAUAUUGCUGAUAUUUCACUUUUGUUUACUAAUACUGGUGAAAAUGCAAGCAAUUUUCUCAAUUUUGUUUUCCUAAGUUCUAAAACUCAUGCGCCCCUUGUCAUUCUUCCAGCCAUGGUGCCUUUCUACAUAGGGGCAGUCAAGAGAGCAGCAUCUGGGGUUUGUCAGGACAGGUGGAGGAGGCUACAGAGCCUGUCCUACCUGGUCCCACUCAUGUACAGCCCAUGUGGCAGUCAUCGAAGAUCAAUAGGGAGGAAUUCACCUGAGACAGAACUGUGAAAACUUGGUGAAGGGACCAAUUUGAGUCUGAAAUCAGAGUCUAGAAACCACUGGGCUGCUUUCUGAAUUUCUCUCUCUUAGCUAUUUGUAGGUCUUUUCCUCUAGUGAAUUAAUUUUAGGAUCAUUAAAUUCAUGCAGGUGGGGAAACCUGAAGUGACUUGACAGCCCAAACAACUAAGCAAUAAGUUGCUCCCUUAUUUCUAAAGUGUUAGCAGAAGUUUGAUUACUCAUAUCGUAUCAAGGAUUUGGGAAGGAAUGUAUCCACUUAUUUCACAAGUAAUAAUUUUAUUGAGCUCCUACUAGAUAGGUUCAAGGGAAGUAUACAGCAAUGAACGUGGCAGAUUUAGUUCCUUGUUGCAUGAAACUUACAUUCUAGAGGUGGAAAGAGAUUAAGAAAUCAGUUGCUGUAUCAUCAUCUAAUUAGCUGUGUAAUAACGCAGUAAAGAAGUGCACACUGCUGUGAGAGUAAGGGAAGUGAGGAAGGCUUCCUUGAGGAGGUGGUUUGUAAGCAGAGUGAGCUGGCAAUAGCUGGAGUUUGGAGGUUGUAUGUGUUGGUGCAGCUUUGACAUAAUUAAUGGGAAGAGGGAAAAGUCUGGGCUGAGAGCCCGAGACAGGAAAGACCAUGGUCAGGUGUUUUGGGCAGGAGUCUAGGCAGCUAGGGGGGUGACACAACACUAAGGCUGGAGCCACGGGCUGGGGCCCCAUCGCAUGGAGCCUUGUAGGCCACAUGGAAGAUGUUGUAUUUUAUUUCGAAAGCAGUAUUAAGACAUUAAGGGAUUUUUAACCAGUUAGUGUUCUAAUCAUAUUUAAAAAAUAUUUUGACUGCUGUAUGGAGUAGAAAAGUGUAUGCUAAGUUAUUGAAGUCACCUAGGAGAUGAUGAUAACUUAGAUUUUGAUGAUCACAGUUGAAAGAAUGUUGGGACUUAAGACAGAGUUUCUCCCUUUUUAAUGUCAUGGCACACGCAAAUGCUUUUAAGAACUAUGCUGUGGAAAAUGGACAAGGGUGACCCAGGUGCUGAGGAGAAUCCAUACCUUGGCCUCAUUGUAACCCAUUUGCAAUGGCCAGAUGAUACACUCUUAGUUUUGCAAGCUGAGUGUUUGGGACAAGAGUCAAGGAUGAAUCCUGGGGUUUUUGUCUAAGCAACUGGCUUCACAGAAGUGCUUCUGAGAUUUAGGACACUGAACAGAAGGGGGAAGGACCAUGGUUUCUUGUGUAUAUGCUGAAUUUGAGGGUUUUGUAAGUCAUUCAAAUGGGAAGUUGAGUAGACCCAUGGUUGUGGAGCUCAAAUGAGAGAAAAAGGUAAGUCAUGUAGGUGAUAGCUGAAGUGAACUAGAGAGGUGGCAUAGGAACAAGUAUUACAGAAUUUUCACACUUAAAAGUCAACUAGAUGAGAGUGAGCUAGCAAAGGAGAUGAAAACUAGGAAGUUUAAAGAGGUGUUAGGAGUGCCACAAGAUUCUGGAAUCAUGAGAGUCAAGGGAAGAGAGUGUGGAAGAAGGAGGGAGAGUUCUGCUGAGUGGGUCAAGUCAGAUGAGGACUGAAAGUUUUCCAUUGAGUUUAAUGACAUGGAAAUCAUUGAUGUGACAUUAGAGUCACCAUGCUGGAACCAUGUGCAGAAGCCAGAUGGAAGCCUACAGGUUGUAAGGAGUGAAUGGCAGGUUAGAAAAUGAAAACAGAGAAACAACGGCUCUGUGGAGAAUUUCAUCUGUGAUGGGAAGAGCAAGAUGACGUGGGGGCUAGCAGCGGAGUGGAGGGAGACCUGGCAAAGGCAGUGAGGCUGGGGGAGGAGGGGCGUGAAGAGUCAGCACAGAGUGCGAGGUAGCUGAGGAGGAAGUCGGAAUGGAUGCAGGUGAGGGCAGGUUUGUGUGCUGGGCAGUGGGCACUCAGGAUAGCUUCCUGCUGAGGGUUCUGCUUUCUCUGUGAAGUAUGAGGCUAUGGCAGUUUGAGUAUGAGGAGGUAGGAUACUUUGGGGGCAGAGAAAUUUGACAUAGUCAUCAUAAAGAAUGACGAGGUGAGUUUGUAGAGAAUGUGGGACGGUAGCAGGCAGCACCGAGGCCCAGCUGAGGCUGGCUCUGCUGUGUUCAGUUCCUGAUCUUGAUUCCGUGAGCCCAGCUGCCCUUGCCUCCGUGUCAGGGGAUACUUGUGUUCACCCAGGGAGGCAGUCAUGGCAGUCCACUCAGUGAACUGAUAGAGGAGCAAGAAAGGCUCCUGAGUCGUGGGAGUGAUGUAAAUAAAUGGUCAACUGUGGAGUCUAAGAUGGCCACGGAUGGAUAUGAAGGCAGGAGGUGAAGAGGGGAUACACUGGAAGCAGAAAUAAGAGAACUACAGGAUCCAAGAAGAAAAUGCUGAGGAAACAGAGUGGAGAUAUAGGAAGUUGUGAUCAAAGAGUGAAUGCUCCCAUUCUGUGCAUUGCAUCAUGAAAGAACCUAAACCCUUGCAUGUGGAUGUGGCCUUCCCUGGUGGUGGCGGCCGUGGGGGGUCUGUCUAAGCAAGUUUGACUUUUGUCUGCAGAGUUGCAUUUUGUUAUUUGGUAAUACUGGUUGUUUAGUGUUAGGUCGAAAAUGUUAAUUCUCUCCUGUUAACUUUGGGUACUAUGUGUAGACGAAAAAAAAUUUGCUUUUGUUUUAAAGAACCAUGUUUUCACUAUCUCAUGACACCAUACCGUCGUUAUGAUGGAGCCAAAAAAGCAGAGCUUUCUCAGCAGGGUUACAGAAUCUGUUAGGAUGGAUGGUUGUGCCAUCCAACAAGAAACAGGAUGUGAAGAGGAAUGUGAAUUAGGUUGCAUUUAUGAUGAGGUCUGUGGUAAGAAUGGAAGAAUGAGUGUUAGAUGUAAAAUGGAGGGGAACAGGGUCUCUGGGAAUGAAGAAAUGAAGCAAAAAGAACCUGUCUAGCUGGCCACAGGGAUAAACAUUGAAAUCACAUGGUUAUGGCUAGACUCAAGGUGUAGAAGACUUCCCUGAGCAUGGGGUGGGAGUGGGGAAGUCACUGGAGGUGGUGGAUGACAGCGAUGGGCACAGUGGAGGGUCAGAUAAUUGGAUGUCAUGGACCACAGAGGAGCAGGGAGCAGGGUUUUGUUGUUGAUGUCAUCACUUUCUUUAUUCUUUUUUUUUUUCCCCCUUCUAGUGGGUAAGGAAAUGAUGAUCUGGAAAUUGAUAAAAGCAAGAACUACUUCCCUUCCUUGAGACCCUGAGAAUUAGGGACCACUAGUAUAGUAUUCUUUGUGUGUGGUCCCUAGACCAGCAGCAUCAGAUCACCUGGGACUUAGAAAUGCCAAUUCCAGGGUCCUACUCCAGACCUACAAAAUCAGAAACUCUGGGGGUGAGGUCGGUGUCAUGUCUUAACAAGCCCUGCUUGACCCUGAUGUGCUCAGAGUUUGAGAACCAUUGCUGUAAUGAUAGCUGAUCCAGGGUGAGGGGAAGGAAUUACUCAGUGCUGAUUCAGGAGAAGGUGGAUGGAUUUUCACCUGGAAGGUUUUUGGAGGGAGGUAGAACCCUCGAUUCAUUGGACAUAGGUCCUGGCUCCCCUGGUUCCGAGUGGCAUUAGGCUGAUACUAAUGGUCUCAGAACACAUGUUGGAAGUUUGGUCUUUGCUUAGACUUGGAGUUGCUGUUAGUACCAGUAGCUGUUACAAGGAAUAGUUAACUUAGUGUCAUUUUAGUUGUGUUUGCUAAAGUUUUAAAAACAUGAUUUACUAUAUGCAAAUUAAGUUUAUUUUUAAACUUUUCGUAAACAUUCUCCAUCAUAAAAAUGAAUUGUCAUUUUAAGAGGUAGUUGUUCAGAAUUCAGAAUUUCUUGUUCUUUAAAAAGUGUUAUAUAGAUUAAAUGAUAUUUCAGAGGGUUUUCUCCUGAUCUCUGUAUCUAAAAUAUCGGGUAUGUCAUUGUCAUUGUGAACUGAGGAGGAAAGACAUUUUUAUCAAAAUAACUUCAAUUAUUACAAAAGACAAAAGAAGAUUAACUAGAGGACUUGUGAAAGUGCUUGAUAAAGAUUUGUCAAGGAGGAAUAAUGGGAGCUGUGUUGAAGAAGCCUAGGGGUAAAGUAUAACCACAUUUUAAUAGCUGUGAUUCCUACAGUUUCACAUUUAGCCGUAGACAUUCUGUAAUUUGGAGUGGAGCUGACCUUGCACAGGCCAGUAAAGAGAGGAGAAGAAACCCUAGCAGCUCCAGCAGUUGCAGGGGCAGAUGGGAUUAUGAAAAGAGCUCUAAACUGGGGGUAAGGUUAUUUGUGCAGUAGUCAUGGUUGAAUCGAUAAAAAAUUGUUUCACUGAUGACCGCAACAAAUAUUUGCAUGCCUAGUUUGUGUGAAGACCUAUUUUAUAAGCAAGGAAAUUCAGGCCUAGAAGUUUGAUGACUUCCCCCAAAUCAAAUUUACUGGAAAAGCCUUGAAGCAAAUCCAGGUGUCUAAGUACGAAAGCAUACCAAGCUGCCUGCUGUAUCAGUGUAGGGGUUUGGUUUCUAGUGGUCUCACCUAUGGGGGUAUCGUGUUGCUGUCAUUCUCUCUCCAAAACAACAUAAUGAAAGGAAGUUUCCAGAAUAUUUGUCUUAAUAAAUUUGUAUGGUGAUGAAAUGGUGGGUCACCUUAACUCCUGUCAUCAAGUGAUUCAUUAUCAUUUAGCAAUUUAGCAAGCACUAAGUUUAGUGGGACAGAUCUUUGAAGAAAAUAAUGGGGGAAAUGACACUUGGCCAGAGGGCACUUGAAACCAUUUUGUUUAGUUGGCCGUAAUGCCUACCUACUUCACUCUGUCCUAAACCUGGGCCAUCAAAUGUUGGUACCGUAGGUUGCAGACUCUGGUACCAGCCUCUUAAGGGUUUAUCUUACCAUGCAUUCAAUAGUCUUCGUUGGACAGAAACUGAUCUUCCCCUUGGGACUAGGCACACCAUAUUUACACAGUGACAUAUCAAGAGUAUAUUGUUUGCUUUUGAUGAAAACUGUCCCUAAAAAAGGCAUCUUAGGAAAUAAUCCCUUCUAUAAUUUAGUGUUUUGUUCCUUUUUGGAACUAGUAAAUAUCAAUAGUAAUAAGGUUAAUAAUACUAGAGUAAUACCUCAUUUAUUUGAUAUUAUAAAAGGAUAGAUAAAAUAUUGCUAAUAAUUUAAUAUUCUAGUUAAGUAACAUUUAGCUUUGAAUAUAUAUGUUUGAGUGUAUACAUACACACACUCAGAUGGAUUUGGUUUUUAUGGCCCCUUUUGAAAAAUUGAUCUAGUGGUGUGUUUUUUAAAAAUGUGCGUAUCCUUUUAGCAAGAAUUUCAUUUUUUUUCCAGAAGAAUAUAUUGGCAAUAUAUUCUUGCCUUGAGCUACUGGAAAUUACUGUUAGUAUUCAAAGCGUUUAAAUGUUUAAUUUGCUUGUGAAGCUUUAAAUUUGAGUGAAAAAAAAAUAGUCUUAUAAACAACUUAGAAAGGUUGCUGCCUGCUCUAGAUACUAUUUGUGCUAAAUUAAUUUAGUAUACUAAUCAGAACUCUAAUGAAGUCUGUGAACUGCUAAUGUUAGAUCAGCGAAUAAAUGGCUGAUUUUAUUUCCCAGAAGAGAAUAUUUGGAGAUGAGGUUGGGGAGAAGUUGAAAAAAAUCAGGAUGUGGUUGUGUAAUCUUUUCCUAGUUCCCUUUCAAGAUGAGCUUUCCCUGGUCAUUACUCUUACUCCUGAAGAUUUCUUUCUUUCCCUCUCCUCACCUCCCAGCCUUCCUUCCGUUUCUUUCCUCUCCACCAGUCUUCUCUCCCUCCUUUUCUAGUGAAACAUUUUGUGUUGGUGCUUUAUUUUUGCUGUUGGAGGAAUUACUCCUGGGAUGGUGUCUGUGAAUAAGAAUUCUAGAGCAUUAAUUAAUUUCUUGCUAUCUAUGGUUUUGUUUCAUUCAAACAAUCUUAUGGUCCUUCCUUGUAGCCAUUUUAUUAGAUUCUGAAGGGCCGAAUCAAGCUGUUUCUGGGCUCGGGGCCAUAUUUUAUAGCAAGACUUGUUUGAGUUUUCAAUGAAUUGGUGCUUAAGCUAAAGCCAUUAAAACCUGCUUCCAAGAAAACAAAACUGGCAGCACAGUUUGUUCCAUUUCAUUUUUUUUUCAGCAUGCUUGAUUUUUUAGGGGUUGGAGUUAGCUAGGACCAACUAGGAAAGGAAUCCCGUAAGUGGGAGAAAGGCUGUCGUGUUGUUAGGGAGUGCACUUCAGCCUAAGUGGUGAUUAGCAGCAUUUAGCCUCUAAAAAUAACUGGUGAGCAGAGUUUGUAGUCAGGUCCAAUUUCACUUCUAGAGGCCCUUACAGUGCAGGGGUUGGCCAGUCUCAAGCUCUGGUAGGCAAGUGCAUGCAGUGUGCCUAAAACCUGCCAGUAGUACUUUUGAGUUUUUUUGUUUUUUGUUUUACUUUAGCAUUUAUUAUUCAUGGAUUGAAGAAGUCAAAAUGGCUGAAGAUAAAGAGACAAAGCACGGAGGACACAAGAAUGGGAGGAAAGGAGGACCCUCGGGAACUUCGUUCUUCACGUGGUUUAUGGUGAUUGCAUUGCUGGGCGUCUGGACAUCUGUAGCUGUCGUUUGGUUUGAUCUUGUUGACUAUGAGGAAGUUCUAGCCAAAGCAAAGGACUUCCGUUAUAACUUAUCAGAGGUGCUUCAAGGAAAACUAGGAAUCUAUGAUGCUGAUGGUGAUGGAGAUUUUGAUGUGGAUGAUGCCAAAGUUUUAUUAGAAGGACCCAGUGGGGUAGCCAAGAGAAAAACUAAGGCUAAAGUUAAAGAACUCACUAAAGAAGAGCUCAAGAAGGAGAAAGAGAAACCUGAGUCAAGGAAGGAAAGUAAGAAUGAAGAGAGAAAAAAGGGGAAGAAAGAAAAAGAGGAUGACCGAAAGGAUAAGAAAAUUGCUGAUGCAGACCUAUCCAGGAAGGAGUCUCCUAAGGGUAAAAAGGACAGAGAAAAAGAGAAAGUGGACCUAGAAAAAAGUGCCAAAACCAAGGAAAAUAGGAAAAAAUCAACAAAUAUAAAGGAUGUUUCUAGUAAAAUGGCAUCCAGAGACAAAGAUGACAGAAAGGAAAGUAGAAGUUCCACCAGAUAUGCACACUUAACAAAGGGAAGUACUCAGAAAAGAAACUACUAAAGCUCUGGCAUCAUCAUCUCAGAACAUGGUCAUGUUCCAGAUUGCAAUUUGUUACAAAAUGGAAAAUUGCAAUUUGUUACAAAACGGAAAAUGUAAUAUUGCUCUGAUUGGUGAAAGUGUGUAAAUUAGCCAUUGAAUGUAUUAUUGGUGCUCAGCAAGUAAAUUAUCUGAAAUUUAAAUAUACCGUCUCAUGCUUCUAAAUGUAAAAACAUUUUAAAAAUAUGUCAUAGAAUAUGAUGUAAUAACUUCUAUUUAUUGAUCAUGUAUUCCUACAAAUGUAUAUGUGUCAUGAAUUUUUAUAGAUUAAUGUAUUAAAUACUUUCAUUGACGUUAAAUAAGAAUAUUAAGAUAUUAAAUGUUAUUUCUAUGCAGAAAAAAAAAGCCUUGUAACUUCUUCAAGUGUGCUAAAUACUCAGGGAGAUAGGAUUUGCCCUUUGUUUUCUUCCCUCCUUCCGCUUCCUGCUUCCCUGUUUUUCAUGGGCACCUCCCCAGGCUCAUGUGUCACUGCCUUCCCUGAGUUCCCCCCUUCUAGCCCUCCUGCAGCCUUUCAGGGGCCGUUCUUCAGGCUUUUCAUGGGUUCUCCUUCCCCUUUUCCCUCUUCUCUCCCCUCUUCUAGUCUCCCUCCCCAAGCCUUUUACUCUCUCCUUUCCUUCACUCCUCACCUCACCCCUGCCCCUCACUCCUGCAUGCUUCUCACUCCUGACUUCCUUACAACAACUCCACCAUUUUCCCCUCAUCUAGUACAUAGUGCUUACCGUGUGCCACAUACACUGCUCCGAGAACUCUGGCCAUAGCUACGAAUAAAGAGGAGAAUUGUAUUUAGAAGAACAAUUUCAGAACACUUUUAUUUAUGAUACCUUUAUAGUCUUGGAAUAACUGUAGAAAGGUUUUAAUUAUUUCAGAUUAGGAUGUACUUUCAUUUUAUACCACACUGUUUUUCUAUUAUUUUGGUUGAGUGGCAUACAUUUUUCAUAUUUGAUUGUGUCAUUAUUGUUUACCAUUUCUAAGGAAUUGCAAAUGUAAUCUCUAAAUAGAGAUCAGAAUUUAGCACCUCAGAAAACAUUUAAUAAAAGUGAAGUUUUAGUCAGAAAUACAAUUCUACAAAUGGUUUGUACUAUUCGAUGCCUCAAAUAUUAAAUAUCUAAUUGUGACUACUGUGAAAUGCAGUUGGUUGAUAAUGAUAAAAUCUUUGUGGUAGCAUUUUUUAUUCUGUUAUUGUUAACCUUAUUAACAACAGAAUCAAAAAUGCUACCACAAAUAUUUUAUUUUCAAAUAGGGUUAUUAAUAACAGAAUAAAAAAUGCUACCACCAUAGUUUUUAAAACGUAUUUCUUUACUUUUUUUUGAAGGUCUUAAAAAUAGAGAUUUUUGGCCUGGUUAAAGAUAUUUCAACUCAGAAAUGAGUACAUUUAAGUGUAAAUAUUUCUAAAUGUAUUGUACACCUUUUUCUUAUGUUAACGCCUUUUACUAUUUAAAGUCAAAUACUUUAUGACAUUUAGUUGACAGAAAUUUCAACUUAAUAGAAUUAUGCAACAGAGAUGAAAUCCUAGAGAAUAAUAUCUCUAAUAUAAUCCUGUUAUUUUAUUGCUUAAAAACUAACACAACUUGGAGUUUUAUGUUUUGAUUAGUCAGGAUUCAUCUCAGCCCACUUCCCAGGUCUUCACUGUGCUGGUUUCUGCCUGACUUACUCUAUUUGGAGAUGCUACCACUUGGUAACCAAGAUGGCCCUCAGCAGGCUCUAGACUAGUCUUUCUAAUUUACCAACCCCAAUGCAGAUGGCUCUGGGAGAGAGAAUUCCAGUUGGCCUGCUUAGGCCUGGUGAACAUCUGGGACCAUUUUUGUAGUUGAAGAUGGCGAUUCUUCCCAGGCGCACACCUGUGCACAAAGCUUUGGAGUGGGAGUUGAGUGGGUCCCACUCAAACUUCAUCAAACAUAGGGCUUCUGGGACAAGAAAGUGAGGCUUUGAGAACUGGACAGAACAAGAAGCAGAACAUGUCCCCCAGGCAUAUGAAAGUUAAACGAUUCUCAAACCAUAUCCCCAUGUUAGAUCUUUUCUCAUGAGAUAAAUUGAAUGCUUUUUUUAAAAACUUAUGUACAAAAUGUUAAGUGCUGUCUUCUCUAAAGAUUUUCUGUUCUCCCUUGAAGAAGGGCAAACAAUUAUAAGUGAAUUUGUUGAGAGCAUUCUAGUAAUUUUUACCUUAGUUUUUAAGCUCAAUGUCUAUGGGGCAGAAGAUACAUAAAUACUAAAUUCUAAACAAAUGAGUGAAAAUAUUUUGGAAUAACCUAAUCAUCAUAAGCACGUAAGAAUUGUCUAUUGCUAUUUAGUACAGUACUUUGAAAUGUUUUGGCUAUAUCAUUGAUUUUUUCCUUUGACUGUUAGCUCAAGAAUUGAAACCCCUCAGCUAAAACAUUUAAAGAUCCUUUAAAAGCACUUGUAGACUAGAACUUGAUUUAUUUUUUCCCUUCUCUCUUCUUUUCCCCUUUCCUUCUCUUUUCUUUCUUUUUGUACAUGUUUCAACUAACUUUUAUUGAAGUUGAAGUCACACUUUAUCCAACUGCCUUAACACUUAAGCUUCAAGUAAAAACAAGCUUUCAGUCAUGAUUAGUGGGUUAAAGUCAUGCAUUGCACUCUCAGUUUUACACUUUUUAUUCAGUAGGUUGUUUCUGUAUUGUUUACUUCAUAUUGUUUUCUAAGUAUAAUUAAAACCAGAAAGGUUACCUUUUUAAAUAAGCCAGCUACAACAGGGACAAGGAAUUCACAAUACUAAGUAGUUGGGGGUCAGAAGCUGUUUUUGGGAAGACCUGGAAGGGGAUAAUUACUAAAAAUGUAAGUUUAUUUUGCCUUAUCCCUGACAACAUUUGAUUUAAAUUAUAUUAUGACAUGAUACUUACAAACCUUUUAAAUGACAUUAUUGGCAUAGUUUUCGUAAACUUUGUAAGAAAAAGACAUUUCACAUUUUAGUAGCACAAUCAUUAUUAAGAUAGUCAAUUUUGUGAAAAUAAUUGAGUGCCAAUGAAUUUUUCCAAGGGUGAUCUUGUAUCUUCUAUAUAUUGUAAUAUUUAGAUACUUCCUUUUGAAGCACUUACAUCAUCAUUGAAUUUUUUGUCAUUUGUUGUGUCACCUAGUUUCUGUUUCAUUUUCUAAUGGCUUCGUAUGUAUAUGAAUUUUAGUUAUUCCUAACAUCAUUGGUGUCACCAUUUUGAAUUUUUUUAAAAAACAAGAUUUUCAAUUUUACUUUAUAGGUAAUUUGCAUUGUGUAUAGAUGAUUCUCUCAAAACUUCACAAUGAGAUACUGAUGAAGAAAUUGAUAUAAAUCAGUCAGCAUGAACACUCUAAUUAAUCCAGAGGACUACUUGAGUUAAUUCUGUACGUAGUUGCUUUAUUGAGAAUAUUUUAUAUUAUGACCUGUUCAGCUAUUCAAGUUUGUAACAUCAGAGGUCCUCAUAAUAAUACUUGGAUAAUAAAGAUUCCCCAUAGACACUUGCAUUGAAAAACAAAAGGAGUAAACAAGUAUCAUUUUUAAUUUGAAAUGUUUUAAGUUAACUGUAAUGUUAUUGUCCAUGAAAUGGGUCUGGUGACUUAGGCUCUAUCUCUUCACAUUUAUUUCUUUCUCGUGUGUCCUCAAUUGUUCCUUCUUCUGUUAAUGCCCACUGGUAAUAAUUCUCAAAAUUGAUUGCUCAGAAUAUUCCAUUGUAAAAUGCAUCUUGGAAAUGGUUGUUUUCCUCAUUUGUAAACUGAAGACCAUGGCUGUUCCUCAAGGUAGUUCUCAGAAGCAGUCAAUGUUGCAUAUGUGUCAACAGCCAGCACAUUGUUGGGCAUUCUGUUUCCCUUUUUCAUUGGUAGAAUAAUAAUAGUAAUAGUCAACCAAGAUGUCUCACUCAGGGUUUAAAAACUUGGAAGCACUGAAACUGUGAUUCCUGUUCCUACUUUUGUCAACAUAUUGCAAAACAAAUAUUUAAGUCCUUUAUCCUUUAUAAUGAAUGUGUCUUUGUGAAAUGAGUAUACUGGAACUUGAUUUAUUCUACUGAGAUCAUUGAGGGAGCGAAUGCAAAUAAUUAUAAAUGUUACACAUGGGUGAAGCUAUAAGAAUGCUUAGUUUUUAAAAGGAUAUUGUGACGACAUGAAAACGCAAGAUAUAAAGGCUAGACAAAAAGUUACGAAAUAAACUAUAGCCUUAAGUAUAUGAUACAAUCAAGAAGCCUAAUAACCAGCCUAAUUGUGAAAAACUUAUGUUUGUUUUGUAUUCAGAUCACAUUUUUCCAUAGACGUGAUUUUAUGGUCUUCAGAGAUUAUUUUUUACUGUGGUCCACAAAAAUUGAUUUAAUUCUAAUAUCCAGUUCUGCAAGUCUCAUUGUAACUAUGUUUCUAUGGAAAGUGCAUCUAUCAUUCUGCCUUGGGAUAUUAGGAAUAUAUUUAGUUUUACUUCUGAAUGUUCUCCAGAAUUUCUUGGGUUACAUCCAUGGUGUUAAAUUCAUUCAGAUACCUUACAUGGACAAAAAUCAUGGAUUGACUGACAUAAUUGUAAAGCCCAGGAGUAGUUUUGGCUUUUUUCUUUUGUUAUGCUGGAUCUAGGUGCUCAAACCAUGUUCUCAACCUCCACCUGUCUAUGGACCCUCAAGAGUGUUGGCUUUCUUCUCAGGCAGUCUCGUGUGCUCAUCUUCAACCGUACUCCUUAUGGGGUAGGAGAUAAGAAAGCUGUGAUUGGUGACACCCUGGGAUAUGUGAGUGCCCACUUUUAAAGUGUUGGGUAAAGAAGAAUUGGAUUCCCCUAAGGAAGUUAGUGUGUUUUUGCCAGAAGGAGGAGGAAUUGGUGCACUGAAAGUAGGCAGAUGAUGGAGUUUGUUUCUCCUUUUUCUACCCAUCCCAUUCCUACUUCUCCCCCUGCCCAAAUACAGAGGUGAAUGGGAUGGGCCAAAAUAGGUAUUUCAGAAUAAGAAACUAUGGAGCUAAACGUUGGGUACUCAUGGGCAUAAAGGUGGAAACGAGACACUAGAACUUCUAGAGAGGGGGAGAGGGAGGGAGACAAGGGUUGAAAAACUAACAAUUGGGUGCUAUGCUCAUUACCUGAGUGAUGGAAUAAUUCACAUUCUAAAUUUCAAAAUCACACAAUAUACCCAUGCAACAAACUUGCAUGUGCUCCUUGAAUCUAAAUAGAAAUUGAAAUUAUAUUUAAAAAUAAAAAUAAAAAAACUAGGGAGAAGAGAGAUCUCAUUCCAAACAAUUAUUGGUCAACAAUAGUUUCAGACCAUUGAAAGAAUAUAAGAGAAUGUUGACCUGGUAAUAAAUAUUGCCAUUUAGAUGUCAGGUAAUGAAGUUUAUUUUGCUGUUAAGCUCUCUCCAUUUUGCCCCAUUCUGUUUAGAAGGAAAGUUUUUGUGUUUAGGAAACUAAAGGAUGGGUGAUAUGUAGCAGACCCAUCAGGUUAUUUUCAUGAAAACCUAGUUUGGGCUAAUCUGAAAGAUUUCCUCAAUAACAGUCUUUAGUCUCUUAUCCUUUCUUCUCCUUUUGCCUAAGAAUAUAAUUGUGUAAGCUAGAUGUUUAUUCCUUAGCUAUCAUUUUUACAUAGGAAUCAAUUUCUGCAAGAGCUCUGUAAGCCCUACAAAGCAGAAAGUCAUCCAUUUCUUUCUUCUUUGUUCUCAUGUAAUGUCUCAUUUGAUUUCACUUUAUGUAUCUAUUUUUUGCUCCAUGUUAAGUCAGGUAUGCAUACAUCAUAGAAGUCUGCCUCUUGUUUCCAUCUUCUUUGCCUUAUGUAUCACUUCUCUUGUAUCCUACUAGAGGAAGAUGAUCUAUGCUUAAAGCUCUUAUUGUUUUUGAUAAGUAUAUAACACCAACAUGCUGUGUCUAUAAUUCCCAUUUAUUGACUCAAUUAAUACUUUUUAGUAUCUACAGCAUGUCGGGGAAUGGGCAAGGCAUGGGGGAUACAAGAGAUUGAGGUGGCUGCAAUCCCUGCAGUGAAAUGCUAUGAAAUAAGCAAAGGGCUGAGGGAGAAAGUAAUGAGACUGGAGCAAUUGUCAGUACAACCCACUAGUCCCUCCACCUAGAAUGUGCUCCUGAACAUGCUCCUGCUCUGUGUGGUGGGCUACCUUUGUCUCUCCCACAGGACCCAGCCCAGUCAUCACCUCUGCACUGAGAUGUCUCUGACCCUCCCAAGUGGCUGCACCCCGCAUACUCCAGUUAUCACCCUCAUCACCUUGCCUCAUUCCUGGACUUUGCUGCCAGACUACGAUUUAUCUCGAGCACCUUUCCUAAUAACUGACACUAAUAGGCAUUCAGUGUUUGUUUAUUGAAUGGUGAAUAUACCAAACAAAUUAUCUGAAAAAUUUCAGGUGUAUAUAUACCAUUGAAGAAUAUUCAAGAAGAAAAAAUCGUGUGUGUGUGUGUUUAAAGAACCCAAAAGAUUGUUCAGUAAUUGCAGUGUUUUAACUACCUUGGAAGUUGCCUGUGACUGGCAGGGAGGGGAUGUAAAGAUUUUUUUUCAGAAGAAAUAAAUGGUAAUUUUUUGGAAAAAUACUUAUUUAAAUUAUCUCACUUAAUUCUUAAAGCCCUUCUUAGGGGUCCUGUUUUGUCCCCUUUUUUGCAUUUGUGGAAACCAAAAAGUGUAGCUGUGGUUAACGCUGAGAUAAAAUUCAAAUGGAAUUCAAAGGCAUCCUCUUGUCCCAGGUGCCUGAACUCUUACAAACCAUGCUGAGUUGCAUGUCCUUUAACUGUAUUUUUCAUGAUGUUAAAGUGAGUCCACUCUCACCAGUCUUUGUUGAGUCCCUUCAUUGGUGCUGAAACCAGGCUCUUGGGAACCUUACUGGCAGUGUUUAAUUCUUUUGUAAUUUAUGUCUGUUUGAAGUCUGUCUGUCCAGCUUGGGUUACAUAAAGAUGCUUUGAAUCUGGAAUGGCUGUUACUGCAUAUCAUGGGGCAGCUGUGAGUACCUGGUGGUCUCAGAAUUUUGAUAAGUUCUGAGACUGCUGUUGGUAUACUGAGGAAGAUCUGCAUUCACUGAUUAUACAGGCCAGGAGCAACAGCGAGGAUUAGCAUAGUUUCCUAGUAUGCAUGCCUUUCUGGUGUAUUGAUUUCCCAGAAUAUUUCUCAAAUUUCAUGUACCUAUGAGCCUUAUUCUUGGGGUAAAUUGAUUUAUACUGCUAGACUCCUCACAAUUGACACAGUACCACUUCUGAGCACUUACCUUUCACAGAUAACCCUAGCUGGAGUAACCUGAAUUAGUAAGGACACGUUUUCUUUCAUCUGUACACCUCUGAAUUAGUAAACCAAAGAUUAAAACACUAAUUUUAAAAAACAUUCUAGCUUUUUAUGGGCUAGGUGUAUGAAAUUCUAUGAAACAAAAUAAGUUUAUAAUUGUUUGCCAGGUUUUUUUGAGGGAGUGGCUUGCUUAUAACUCUUAUGAGAAGUAAAUCCUUUGUGUUCCCUCAAGUCACAGUCCUUGGAUCCAGCAUCCAGGGCCUUUCUGAUAUGCACACCUCUCUUGGUGCCUCAGCCACCUUUCUCCUUGGUGCCAAAUGUGUUCCCAGUUGAGGAAUUUCUUACAGUCACGUGCUUCAUGCUAACAUUUUGGUUAAGGAUGGGCUACAUGUAUUAUAGCGGUCCCAUAAGAUCAUAGUGCCAUGUUUAUACUGUACCUUUUCUAUGUUUAGAUUCACAAGUACUUUGUGUUACAAUUGUCUGUAGUAUUCGGUACAGUAUGUGCUGUACGGUUUUGUAGCCUGGGAACAAUAGGAUAUUGCAUACAGUCUAGGUGUGUGGCAGGCUAUACCUUCUAAGUUUGCCUAGGCACACUGCGAUGUUCCCACAAUUGUAAAAUUUCUAAUGGCACAUUUCAAGGUGCAUUUCCACACAUUCCUCAGAAUAUAUCUCUAUUGUUAAGCAACACCUGACUGAACUUGCAGUUCCCUACCUGAAACAGACGUGUAACUUACAUAACCACAUCCCUGAUUUCCUUCAGGGUCUGUUCACUUGUUAUCAGUGAGUCCUUCUGACCAAGUAUUAUGAAUAGUCCCACCCCUACUUUUCCCUUAUGUGCUUCUGUUCCAUGUCUUCCCCGUACCAUCUGUCCCCAUCCAAUAUACUCUAAAUAGUUCAUGUUUCUUAUUUUUUAAAUUGCUCUCUCCCCUAGAAGGUAGGUGUGUUGUUUUCAUUUACUGUAGAAUAAUGCCUUGAAUUAAUAUAUGCUAAAUAUUUGUUGAAUGAUUAAACACAACAUACAAUUUAGUAAGUUUACAACUACUACAUAUUUAUGGAAAGAAAUAUAUUGGUUCUUUCUCAUUAUGGGCAACAGUGAAUAAAGUAAGCUAAUCUUGGGCUUGGGUAUUUGUGUUAUUUAUCAUAUUUGCUGUAAGUGGUUGAUUCAAAGUGCUGAUUUCAUUUGCUUUUCAUAGCUUCAUCUAAUUUUAAUUGAAAUUGGAGGGGCAAUUAUAUAGUGAUUAAAUGCAAAUGUUUUAUAAUUUCCAAAUUUAUCUGAUGAACCGAAAGAACUAAAACCGAGUUAUGUUUUAAGGGAAUUAAUGUGUUUUCCAAAUCAUGUUGUGGCCAUUGCUGUGGACUGGCAGUAACUAUUCACCAUACGUAAUGACUGGAAGGCAGCUGUGGACACCCUGUUCCUUUUGCCAGCGUAGGAAUGGAAGUGGGUCCCAGUCCUGAUGAUUAACACUGAAAAGGAAGACUUCUGGCAGCUUCUGGAAAAGAUUUCCUGAAACCUAAGAAAGAAGCAGAGCAAGAGAUGCUCCUUUUGUUUCUGGAUAUCGCCUUGUCUGAAAAAGAAGCUUGCAGCUGGGGAGCUCUGAUUGCCAGCCUGAGGGUGAAGCUUGACCUGCAAUGCAGCCAGCUGCCUCUGCACUUCUUGUUUAGUUAGAUGAUAAAUUUCCUUCCUGUUCAACCGUUGUAAGCUGGCAUUUUGGUAACUGCAGCCCCAGGAACAUCAAAACACAUCUCAUGUCAUAACUUUGAACGUCAUAAUAUCAUAAUUUUGAAUAUUUAUUUCAUUGCUACAUCAUUGCCACUUGUACCUCAUAAUAAAUCCAUUUGAACACCUUUCCUAUGACUGAAUUGAGCUUAUAUGCAUUUACUUUUCUUAAUUCAUUUUUGCUUGCUUUUUCCCUCAAAUUUUAGAACUAAAAUGAGUUUGGAUGGCAAAAAGUUUUUUUGGAAACACUGAAAUAAAAUCUUGUAGGGCAAAUUCGUCCAUAUGGGUUGUUAAAGCACUUGUAGUCUAGAAUAUGUUUUUGUUAAGUUUUAAAAAGUUUAUAGAGGUCUAGAGGAGGAAAUGUAUAAUAUGAUCUCAGCUUCUUUGAAGUUUACAAUAUUGUUUAUUUUUGUACUGAUUUCAUCUCUGGAAAUAGCUAUGACCAGGUAUUAACUAUUUUAUAAUAUACCUUCCACUUUGGACAGGGCAAAAAAGUCAAUAUUUUUUGCUAUGUGCUUUUGCUUUCUCCUGUGUUUCCUAUGUUUUGCAAUUUCAAUUUUAGAGACAAAUAAGUUCAAGUUGGCUAGAGAAAGCUGACUCUCAGAGGCAUUGUAUGUCGGAAUGUUGGCAUACUAGUAGUAUUUGAACAUGUAGCAUUAUAAUUUUUUUUUCAAAUGAAACUUCUAAACUCAUUAAGAAUGGGGUUUUCAGGCAGUUUAAAUCUUUAUCGUUUGGUGAGAAAACAUUUCAUUGCUUGUAUAAUACAUGGAACACAGUUUGAGAGCCUGCUACAAGUGGGGUCAGUGAAGGAUGACCCUGUAAUUUUUCAUUCAGACAGAUAGUUUCGAGAG